AUGUACUAUCGCGUGUUCUACCUUUUGUUGGUCAGUGCGGUGACCUUGACUAGGGCACAGUUUCGGUGCCCGGAAUCAAAGGGCUUCUUCCCUGACCCAGAACAAUGCGAUCUGUACUACGUAUGCCUGGACGGCAAAGCUGAGGAGAAAUUGUGCAAGGACGGGCUCGUCUUCAGGGACGACAACCCGAAGAAGGAGCUCUGUGACCUACCAGCAAACGUGCCAUGCGGGGACAGAACUCUUCUUCAGGAACCACAGCCGUCGAAAGGAUGCCCACGAGCCAACGGAUACUUCAAACACGAGGAUCCGACCGCUUGCGAUCGUUUCGUCAAUUGCAUCGACGGCGUGGCUCAAGUGAUGCCCUGUCCACCUAGCCUAAUCUACGAGGACAAAAUGUCCAGCUGCGUAUGGCCAGCGGAUGCCAGCAGACUGUGCGAACACGUCAAGAGGGACGUUCUCGACGACGGAUUCGUUUGCCCCGACGGCGACGUACCUGGACCGCUUGGCAGGAUUCUGCCUCAUCCCACGUACCCCCAUCAGGACGACUGCGCCAAAUUCUACAUUUGCAAGAAUGGCGUGGUGCCGCAGAAAGGACAGUGCGAGCCUGGCACCGUCUACAGCGAGGACAGCUUCAAGUGUAUGGAGCCAGAGAAUGUUCCUGGAUGCGAGGACUACUACAAGAACAAGAACUGAAUAAAGACAAGGUGCCAGUUACUCAGCGAUACGUCUGUAACGCUUAAUUAUUUUUUUUUUUUACACUUAGGAACAAUAA